CGCUGAGGGCCAGGUCCCGCCACCAGACCCAAGCGGCCGCAUCGGAUUGGGUGGCGCGGCGGCACUUCCGUCCGCUUUCAGGUGUCACGCGACCGCCUCCCCCUCCCGCCCUUCUCUGUCUACCUCCGGGACAGACUGGCGGGUGAUGAGAUACUGGGGCGGCGGCGGUGGGAGUGACGACGGCGACAGCAACUGCAAUCACAUCCAUGACUGCGACCAUGGCCGAGAAUCACGCGCAGAUUAAAGCCAAGCUCAUCUCCGAGACCCGACGGAGGUUCGAAGCUGAGUAUGUGACAGAAAAGUCAGAUAAAUAUGACCCACGUGAUGUUGAAAGGCUACAGCAAGAUGAUAACUGGGUUGAAAGCUACUUGUCUUGGAGACAUAAUGUUGUAGAGGAAACACUGAAGAUGCUUGAUGAGAGUUUUCAAUGGAGGAAGGAAAUCUGUGUCAACGAUCUUACUGAAUCCUCCAUUCCCAGAUGGUUACUGGAAAUUGGUGGUAUUUAUCUCCAUGGCUAUGACAAAGAAGGUAACAAAUUGUUCUGGAUCAGAGUGAAGUAUCAUAUAAAAGACCAGAAAACCAUUUUGGACAAAAAGAAGCUCAUAGCAUUCUGGUUGGAACGUUACGCUAAAAGAGAAAAUGGGAAACCUAUAACCGUGAUGUUUGACCUCUCAGAUACUGGACUAAAUAGCAUAGACAUGGACUUUGUACGCUUUAUCAUCAACUGCUUUAAGGUUUAUUACCCUAAAUACCUCUCAAAAAUAGUCAUCUUUGAUAUGCCUUGGAUAAUGAAUGCUGCUUUCAAAAUUGUGAAAACUUGGCUUGGUCCAGAAGCUGUGAGUUUGUUGAAGUUCACAAGUAAAAAUGAAGUCCAGGAUUAUGUCAGUGUAGAAUACCUGCCUCCCCACAUGGGUGGAACUGAUCCUUUCAAGUACAGCUACCCACCGUUAGUAGAUGAUGACUUCCAGACGCCACUGUGUGAGAAUGGGCCCAUUACCAGUGAGGACGAAACUUCAAGUAAAGAGGAUAUAGAAAGUGACGGCAAAGAAACCCUGGAAACCGUUCCUAAUGAAGAACAAACAGCUCUGCUAAAGAAGCUUAACCCAUCCGAACCUACUUCCAAAGUAGAAGAAAAUGAAAAAGGCGAUUCAAAGAUAAAAUCUUUCAAGAAACCCUUGAGUGUGUUUAAAGGGCCCUUACUACAUAUCAGCCCAGCUGAAGAACUGUAUUUUGGAAGUACAGAAUCUGGAGAGAAGAAAACUUUAAUAGUGUUGACAAAUGUAACUAAAAAUAUAGUGGCCUUUAAGGUGAGAACAACUGCUCCGGAAAAAUACAGAGUCAAGCCAAGCAACAGCAGCUGUGACCCUGGUGCAUCGGUGGAUAUAAUUGUAUCUCCCCAUGGGGGUUUCAUAGUCUCUGCCCAAGACCGUUUUCUGAUCAUGGCCGCAGAAAUGGAACAGUCAUCUGGCACAGGGCCAGCAGAAUUGACGCAGUUCUGGAAACAAGUUCCCAGAAACAAAGUGAUGGAGCACAGGUUAAGAUGCCAUACUGUUGAGAGCAGUAAACCAAACACUCUUACGUUAAAAGACAACGCUUUUAACAUGUCAGAUAAAACCGGUGAAGAUAUAUAUCUGCAACUCAAUCGUUUACUAGAAAGCAAUAGGAAGCUUGAAGACCAAGUUCAGCGUUGUAUCUGGUUCCAGCAGCUACUGCUUUCUUUAACCCUGCUCUUGCUUGCUGUUGUCGUCUCUUUCUUCUAUUCACUGUUGAGUUAAAGAAGUGGUGCCUGGUCGGCAACAUGGCUCCUUCAACCAUUAGUUGGAAAAAGUAACAGACCCAAAACUUCUCCACCAAGCUACUAAAAAAUCUUGCACAUCUGUGCUUCCUCAAAGGAAAUACGCAGCACGUAGAGGGGUGUAACACUUACAUCUCUUGAAAAUAAACUGCUCGAAUAAAGAGAUGCUGGAGAAAUGAUUAGAGACUGUGAUAGUUGGGAAAGUAAGUAAAGGCGUAUGCAUUGUGUAAAUUAGUAGUUUAAAUAUAACUUAUUUUUUCCUUUUGAUUUGAACACUUUUGAAGCUUAAGUCUUCUCCUGUAAAUACAUUAGCAAAAUGGGAAAGUGGAAGUAACAUGCUUUGUUGCAGCCAAAAUAUGUAGUCCGCAUUUUUAUGACAGAAUUAUUCUAGCUGAGCCGACUUACUAGCUUUUCUAUACUAUGUAUAUAGAAGAACGUGUAUAUUGAAGAAGAAGACAUACAGAGUAAUUUAUGUAAUCAUGACUUUGUAAUUUUGAGAAUUACUUCCCAACGAUAGUCAAUAUUCUUUUGGAAUGUAAACCUAUUUAAUGCCAAACCACCUUAGCCUUUAUUUCUCAGUGUUCCAUGACGGCCUGCCUUUUAUUCAUCUCAGGCUUUUUUAGGAACACUCGCAUUCUGUUAGAAUUUGGAAAACUAAGUGUGGUUGGUUUUUUCUUCCGAUUCUGUUAGUAAUACCCAGAAGGAAAGUCUCCUCGAGCUGCCUCCCUUUCCAGUCAUUUCUAUGCAGCUGCCUGUUGUCCACUGUGGCUGGACACUGAACCUUUUGCCUAAUUAAUUCUAAAGGCCUGAUCUUCACCCUCAUUCCAGAGCACAGGAGCCUCUCUGGGAACACGAACUGCAUUUUCACUGUCAUUUCUAAAGGAAAGGCAUUAGAUAAAACUUUGUGAAAAAAAUGGAUUUUGAGAUGCUAAGUAAGUAUGAUUAAUUUGCCUUUCAAAAUGUUCCUUGUUAAUAUCAGCCAUGAGAAGGAACCCCACAAAAGGAAAAAAAAACAAAAAAACACAGACGCUCAAGUGUCAGCUCUCCAUUUAGAGGAUGAAAAGUAACACUCGUGAUCGACUGAAAAACCGUCAGACCAGGGCAAAUGAAGUUGCCGGCUACUCUGCCUUUGGCACAGUAAUACCCGUCCAGUACGGUUCGUAAAUUCCUAAAAAGACACACCUUGCAGGAGCAGAGGCUAAGGAAGUUCGCUUCUUUUCUCAUUAAUACGACCUACUUCAGUCACAUGCACAUCUACUUUAUAUGAAAGAAAAAUAGUAUGCCUGUAAAAUAAAUUUUGAGUCUCGAUGGAGCCACGUCUUGGAGAUUUGUUGUUCUUUGUUCUGAGGUGCAGUGUUGUUGGUUUGGAUCCUGAAGAAGUGGAUUCCCAAACUGAGUUUUGGAGAAUGAUACAGUAGGAGCUUCGAAAGUAACCGAGGAAAUAAACCCUUAAAAGGACACUGGUGUGAUACCCGGUCUUAAUUUGGGCUUUUCUGUUUCAGUUUGCCACCCCCAGAUGUGAAACGGACUACAGUCCACCCUAAGUGCCGUGCACAGUAUAGCCCUGUGUGUACACACAGUGGCUUCCCUUACAUGGUAGAUUUUUGGCCUUAAUAUAAUCUAAUCCUAAAGUAUUUGUGUGUGUUUUUGUUCCUCAGCAAAUAAGUAAAUGAGGACAGAAUUAGCCAAGAUUGGAAAUGUAUUGUCUUAACGGUGUCCCUUUAAUGUUUCUAUGAAAAUUAUGUUGGCUUGCUGAACUAUCCUUUGCUUGAGUCGGGUCAGUUGAAUUUAUUUAAUAACAUAUCCUGUUGACAUUUGUGCGUCUGUUAAAUGU